AUGUACAUUAGAAAUAGAAACAGAAAACAUAAAAGCCAAAAACAAUUGAAAACAAAGUUGAAAACAAAAACAAAUAAAAGAGAAGAACAUGGAAAUUCAGAAAAUAAUUUAAAAGUAGAAAACAUUUUUUAUCUUGAAGAUAUUGAGGAAGUUGAAGCUGCUGAAAGUAAAGAAGAUUUAGAUCGCGAGAAAUCAGAAAUUCAUGAAAAACAUAAACAUAGUUUACAUAUACCAAAAGGAAAAGCAUUUGUUAUACCAGUUGAAGUGAAAGGUUAUUCAAAGAAACAUGUUAAUGCGUUAAUAGAUAGUGGAGCGCAAAGUCAUUUUAUAUCAAAGAAGUUAGCUGAAGAAAUAGGUUUGGAUAAAGAUUCAGUUGAAGUUGAACCAAUAGAGAUACAAGUUGCAUUAAAAGGAAGAGGUACGAAAACAAAUAGAGCUGUACAAAUAGCAUUAGAAGUUAAGUUAGAGAAUGAAAGAAAUAUAGUUACAAGUAUAUCAACGUAUAUUGUUGAAGGAUUAAAGGAUCAAAUAUAUUUAGGUUUACCAUUUGUUAAGAAGUAUGCUAAGUUUUUACCAUGGGAAUCAGUUGAAGUUAAUGAAAUAGGAGAUGCUAUUGAACAUCAAGAAUUAGAUUAUCGAAAGACAGAAAGAGUUAAAGGAGCAAUAGAAAGAGUUAAGGAGAAAUCAGGUACAGAUUUAAGUCAAUUAUUAGGUUUAUUUGAAUUAGAUACAGAGCCGCCGAAUACCGUCAGGAGGGACGAAGAGAAAACCAUCACCAGGAAUACAAAGGAUUAUCAGAAGUUAGAGAAGUUAGGUUAUGCCGUCAGAAAUAAGGACGAAGACUUGAAAGGACUAGGAGGUAUUAUUAGGUCUAGAGAAUUAAUGGAUAGUGAACAGUCAAAGCAAGAAGAUAACACAGAGUUAAAUCAAAUAAAGAUUGUGAAAGAAGGUAAUGAAGUUACAAAGGAUACAUCAACUAAAAGUAAAGGAUCCAAGAGGGAUUUAAGUUAUAAACAUCAAAGACAGAAAGAUUUAAGUAUUGAAGACUAUACUAGAAAGAAUGAAAAGGAAUUUAAUUUGAAAAGUUAUGUUAAUGAACUAAAGCUAAAGGAAAUGAAAGACAUCCACCAAACACAUAAACUAUUACAACAAGAGAAAGAGAUAAACUCUCAAGCUCAAAAGGAGGAGAUGGUGAAGAAAAGACUUUGGUUUUCAGAUUUUGAUAAGUCAGAACGACCCAGAGAAUACUUUUAA